AUACGCCUCCACACUGUCUGUUUUGAAGUCCUUUAAUAGAUCAGCUCUUUUGUCGAUCAAGGCUUCCCGUCCUAGGAUUGGCUGAGAGAAGGGAGAGUUUUCUGGAAGACAGACCCUGAGAACUCUGCCAGAAGCCCCUCCGUUAUAGGUUGUGUCUCAGGCCGUUCAUGAUGCUCUGUCGUACGACUGGCUGGAACGAGAAGAGGUUCCCCCUCCUCUUAAGAGGGAGGUGCAGAAAGUGAUGGACCGCAGACUCCUAAUCGGGAGCAUGCGCAGAAGGCGUGUCUGGCAGGUCAAUUUCUUAAUCUUCGACGCGAAUCCAAUUUUUCAGGGAAGCUUCGCUUCUUCGGGAGGAUGCGCUGCCUCUCAUCCCCCGCCACCACCCGGCAGACCGUCCCUGCAGGGAUCGGACAAGGACGGCGUCCCAGGAGGAGAGCCAAGCGCUCCCUCAGCAACUCAGCUCUUUUCUCUCAGGGGGCCUCCUAAAGCCGCCAUUUAAGCCGCAGCCCCCAGAAGGCAGAUGAACCUGUUGCUUGACCGUCGCAAACAACCGCGCGUCCCUUGGAUGGAAAACGGCCGCUUCCCUCUGGGAACGGAGGCGAAAUGGAGGCUCUUCCAUCGACGCAGCCGAUGCGGCCCCCGAAGCGCCCCGGCACCACCACCCUCGGUGAGGGACGCGGAGUUGCUUCCGGAGCGCCUUCGCGCGCGCCGGACAAGUUCGCCACGGCCACGCCCCCGCGCCAAUAGCAGCCGGGGGCGUGGCGUCCGGAGGAAGGCAAAUGGCGGAAGCGCUGGGCGGAGCUUACGGGAACUUCCGGUCGGCGUUUGGGUGGCCGGACGCUGCUACGGGGUUGUGAAGGCCACUCGAACAGGCUGGUUCACAUGGCAUCGGCCAACGCAACCCCUCCUGGCUCUUUGGAAGUAAAUAAGCCAGGGUUCCCCAAGGAGAUUCUGGGCACUGAACUGGUGGGCAAGUACUUGUGUUCAGAGUGCCGAAACAUUUUGCGGCGGCCGUUUCAAGCCCAGUGUGGUCAUCGCUACUGCUCCUAUUGCUUGAAGAAAAUUCUAAGCUCAGGGCCCCAGAAGUGCGCAGCCUGCCUUCAAGAGGGGCUGUACGAAGAAGGUGCCUCGAUCUUGGAAACCGGGGUGGCUUUCCCAGAUAAUGCAGCUCGGAGGGAAGUGGAGAGUCUCCCGGCCAUCUGUCCCCACCAAGGUUGCACGUGGAAAGGGACCAUAAAAGAAUAUGAGAGCUGCCACGAGGGGAACUGCCCGGCCCUGCUGGUGGUCUGUCCGGCGUGCCAGGGCCUGGUCAGGCUGGGCGAGAAGGAGCAGCACGCCGAGCAGGAGUGUCCCGAGAGGAGCCUCAGAUGCAAAUACUGCCAAGCUCUUUUCCACUUCUCUGAAAGCAAGGCCCACGAAGCAGUGUGCCCCAAAUUUCCUCUGGCCUGUGAGGGCUGCGGAAAGAAGAAGAUCCCCCGGGAGAAGUUUCUGGACCACGUCAAGAGCUGCAGCAAAUGCCGAGCCCCCUGCAGAUUCCAGCCGGUCGGCUGCACCCACCUGAUGGAGAACGAGAAGCUUCCCGAGCACGAGAGGAGCCACCUGGGCGAGCACCUCUACAUGCUGCUGAGCUUCGUGCUGAGCUUGGGCUCUGCGUCCAGCAAGAUGGAGCCCCUGCUGGACCGCCUCUCGGCGGAGGCCGGCUGUGCCCUGGCGGGGGGCAGGCCCCUGACCCCCGAGGCAGAGCUGCCCGGCUCCUUGGGACUCCUGGGGAAGUGCGAGGCCCUGGAGAGGAAGACAGUCACUUUCGAAAACAGUGUGUGUGUGCUGAACCGGGAGGUGGAAAAGGUGUCGCUCAUGGCCGAAGCUGCCAGCCGGCAGCAUCGGCUCGACCAGGAGAAGAUCGAGGCCCUGAGCGCCAAGGUGCGGCAGCUGGAGAGGAGCAUUGCCAUGAAGGACCUGGCCCUGGCCGAGAUGGAGCACGCCAUCCAGGAGAUGGAGGCAGCCUCCUAUGACGGCGUCUUCAUCUGGAAGAUUGCAGACUUCGCCAGGAAGCGGCAGGAGGCAGUUGCGGGGCGCUCUCCGGCCAUCUUCUCCUCAGCCUUCUACACCAGCAAGUACGGCUACAAGAUGUGCCUGCGGAUCUACCUCAAUGGGGAUGGCACCGGGCGGGGCACCCACCUGUCUCUCUUUUUCGUGGUGAUGAAAGGGCCCAACGACCCCCUGCUGCGGUGGCCUUUCAACCAGAAGGUCACCCUGAUGCUUCUGGACCAGAACAACCGCGAACACGUCAUUGACGCCUUCCGGCCAGACGUCACCUCCUCCUCCUUCCAGCGGCCCAUCAGUGACAUGAACAUUGCCAGCGGCUGCCCACUCUUCUGCCCCAUCGCCAAGAUGGAGUCCAAGAACUCCUACGUGCGCGACGACACCAUCUUCAUUAAAGCCAUUGUAGACCUCACGGGCCUUUAACGCCUUGCCCGCUGGGGCCUCGGAGCACGGGACUGUGUGGCCUCCUGGGCAACGAGGGCCUGGCGGACCUUCUCUUAGCCUUGGACUACCCCCUGGCCACAGGAAGGUGGCUUUGAAAGCCAGGUGGGUCCUAGUCCCAACACGCUCGGCUCCUCCCCUGCCCUGGAUUGCUGUUGGUGGAUUGGGAGGGGUGGCUGCUGUCUAGGCCAGAAAGGGAACCGAGUGGCUGGACGCCCAAAGGUCCAGCAGCUGUUUUGGGCAGUCUGGCAGAGCCUGUGGAGGGGACUUUUAGAGGCUGCUGACAGCUGAGCUGCUCCUGGCCAGCCUGUUUGCAGGGCCAGGCAAUUCCCCCCCCCCCCGCCUGAUCAGGUUCUCUGGGCAUGGAGGCCCGGCAGCUGCCAGGGAAGACGCUCCAGCAGCGGUUGAGCAGGGAUGGUUCAUGAGCAGAGGUGAGCUGGUGGUGGGGGGGGGGGCUUCCACUGGAGCUCGCAACAAAAGAGCCCCGGGAAAUCGCUCCUCUCUCUCCUCCACUGGCGAGGAGGGGGCUACUCUGAGGAGAAGCAAGGUCUCCCAGGAGGUUUGAGGCUAUCAUUGUCCUGCUGAAAUGCUCUUGUCUGGGCAGACGAGGACGCUGAAUAAACAUUGUAGAGGCGA